AAAUUUGCCGCCCCAAACGAACGUUAUACCGAAUACAACCAUACAAGUCACAUUUUGAAAAAUAGAGAGAAGUUUUUAGUUUGCGCCACAACCAUGAAGCCGUUCAAGAAAGUCUGCAUAACCGCUUGUAUACUGAUUGUUAUUUGUUUGAAGUUAACCGAAGGAUUUUUAAAGGAUGAAGGGCGUGCCGAAAUUAAAAGCAAUCUAGAUGACGUAAGACAUUUAAGAGACUCCAAAAUCAAUGAAGAAAAAGACGACGUUCAACGAUUCUUUGAAAGAUCCUUAAGGGAGACUCAAAUAACCGUCAAAAAUCAAGAGAAGCAGCAAAAGAACGUAAUAAUAACAUGCGGGUUGAAUAUUCUAGAGAAAACAUUGAAGAUACAAGAAGAAACACCAUGUUAGAAUCCAGAAGGCCCCGCCAAGGUAGAGAAGAAUCUCGAGAAAAUACCAGACGUGAAGAAUCUCGCUUGGAAAGGCGAGAAUCACCUCUACAAGUGCUUCGUUUACGAUCAAGACGUGAAGAAACACGAGAAUCUCCCAGACAGAGAGAUACUGAAGCCCGUCGUGAAGUACAACAGGAAUCUCGGAGAGAAUCCGGCGAGAAUACAAGAGAACUUGAAAACCUUGCCGAAAGGCGAGAAUCUUCUGCUAUACGUGCCGAAAGGCAAGAAUUCUUAGCUCGCCGUGAAGCACGUGAAGAAUCUCGUUUGGAAAGGCGAGAAUCACCUCUACAAGGUCUUCGUUUACGAUCCAGACGUGAAGUACGAGACCUUUCACCCAAAGAAAGACAAGAAUCUCCCAGGCAACGAGAUACUGAAGCCCGACGUGAAUUACGAGAUGAAUCUCGUAGAGAAUCUCGUGAAAACACAAGAGAACGCGAAAACCUUGCCGAAAGGCGAGAACCUUCUGCUAGACGUGCCGAAAGGCAAGAAUCCUUAGCUAGCCGUGAAGUACGUGAAGAAUCUCGCUUUGUAAGGCGAGAAUCACCUCUACAAGUGAUUCGUUUACGAUCCAGACGUGAAGUACGAGACCUUUCACGCGAAGAAAGACGAGAAUCUCCCAGACAACGAGAUACUGAAGCCCGACGUGAAGUACGAGAUGAAUCUCGUAGAGAAUCUCGUGAAAACACAAGAGAACGCGAAAACCUUGCCGAAAGGCGAGAACCUUCUGCUAGACGUGCCGAAAGGCAAGAAUCCUUAGUUCGCCGUGAAGUUCGUGAAGAAUCUCGCUUGGAAAGGCGAGAAUCACCUCUACAAGUGCUUCGUUUACGAUCCAGACGUGAAGUACGAGACCUUUCACGCGAAGAAAGACGAGAAUCUCCCAGACAACGAGAUACUGAAGCCCGACGUGAAGUACGAGAUGAAUCUCGUAGAGAAUCUCGUGAAAACACAAGAGAACGCGAAAACCUUGCCGAAAGGCGAGAACCUUCUGCUAGACUUGCCGAAAGGCAAGAAUCCUUAGUUCGCCGUGAAGUUCGUGAAGAAUCUCGCUUGGAAAGGCGAGAAUCACCUCUACAAGUGCUUCGUUUACGAUCCAGACGUGAAGUACGAGACCUUUCACGCGAAGAAAGACGAGAAUCUCCCAGACAACGAGAUACUGAAGCCCGACGUGAAGUACGAGAUGAAUCUCGUAGAGAAUCUCGUGAAAACACAAGAGAACGCGAAAACCUUGCCGAAAGGCGAGAACCUUCUGCUAGACGUGCCGAAAGGCAAGAAUCCUUAGUUCGCCGUGAAGUUCGUGAAGAAUCUCGCUUGGAAAGGCGAGAAUCACCUCUACAAGUGCUUCGUUUACGAUCCAGACGUGAAGUACGAGACCUUUCACGCGAAGAAAGACGAGAAUCUCCCAGACAACGAGAUACUGAAGCCCGACGUGAAGUACGAGAUGAAUCUCGUAGAGAAUCUCGUGAAAACACAAGAGAACGCGAAAACCUUGCCGAAAGGCGAAAACCUUCUGCUAGACGUGCCGAAAGGCAAGAAUCCUUAGCUCGCCGUGAAGUACGUGAAGAAUCUCGCUUGGAAAGGCGAGAAUCACCUCUACAAGUGCUUCGUUUACGAUCCAGACGUGAAGUACGAGACCUUUCACGCGAAGAAAGACGAGAAUCUCCCAGACAACGAGAUACUGAAGCCCGACGUGAAGUACGUGAAGAUUCUCGGUUGGAAAGGCGAGAAUCACCCCUACAAGUGCUUCGUUUACGAUCCAGACGUGAAGAACGAGACCUUUCACGCGAAGAAAGACGAGAAUCGCUCAGACAACGAGAUACUGAAGCCCGACGUGAAGUACAAGACGAAUCUCGUAGAGAAUCCCGUAAGAACACAAGGGAACGCGAAGACCUUUCCGAAGGGCGUAAAUCUUCUGCUAAACGUGCCGAAAGGCAAGAAUCCUUAGCUAGCCGUGAAGUACGUGAAGAUUCUCUCUUGGAAAGGCGAGAAUCACCUCUAAAAGUCCUUCGUUUACGAUCCAGGCGUGAAGUACGAGACGUUUCACGCGAAGAAAGACGAGAAUCUCCCAGACAACGAGAUACCAAAGUACAAGACGAAUCACGUGAAGAAUCUCGUGGUGAAGCCCGACGUGAAGUACAAGAAAAUCUACGACAAGAACAAGAAACUAACACCAUGCGUUCUGCAAUUUCUUUAAACGACGUCCGUACGUUCAGAAAUGACAUGGACGAUCUAACAACAACAAAAUCUUUAAACUCUUCCUACCUAUCAAACACUAUUCAAGCUAUUUUAUUGGCCAUCCUAGUCGCACAAGUGUGCGCUGGUUCCAAUGACUUGAAAAAAUUGAGUUUUGCCAACAUUUUGAGCUUCCCCAGGAAACUAAAGAUGGCUUAAACGAACAACGAGAAAACAUCACGAAAAAAUUUAAUUUAAUUUUAAUUUUACUUUUACUCAAAUAGUUAAUAAUAUGCAGUACAAAUAACGUAAUGAACGAUGACAACCGCUAAUGAACAAAGGUACCUUCUCUAUUUUAAAUAAAUAUAAUACUUAUAUACUUAAAUUAAUAAUAUUAUAUUGUAAUUAAAUGUACUCUAGUAGUUGUUAAUUAACUCAAAUAUUUAUUCAUAUGGAAACACUUGUAUUGUUUAUGAUAUUCUUGCGAGGUAAACCCCAAAUCUUACAAAAUAUUCUAUUUAAUAUCUAUAUAUGUAUUAGUAAAAGUAUAA